AUGAAGUGGGGCAUAUUGUUAAUUUUUUUGACCUACGCAAAAAAUUGCAUCGGAGUGAAACUUCUAGAAGCAAAUCCAGAUGUGAAGAGACUGUACGACGAUUUGUUGAGCAACUACAACCGUCUUAUUAGACCGGUGACUAAUGUCAGCGACAUCUUGACUGUCAGACUAGGUCUCAAACUUUCGCAGCUGAUGGAAGUGAACCUGAAGAACCAGGUCAUGACUACGAACCUUUGGGUAGAACAGAAAUGGUAUGAUUACAAGCUACAAUGGAAUCCAGAAGACUAUGGUGGAGUUGAAAUGUUGUAUGUGCCAUCUGAACACAUCUGGUUACCUGAUAUAGUUCUUUAUAACAAUUGGGACGGUAACUAUGAAGUAACAUUGAUGACUAAAGCUACGUUGAAAUACACUGGUGAAGUGAAUUGGAAGCCGCCAGCGAUUUACAAGUCUUCGUGCGAGAUCAACGUAGAAUACUUUCCAUUCGACGAGCAGACGUGCUUCAUGAAGUUUGGUUCUUGGACCUACAACGGAGCUCAGGUUGACCUGAAACACAUGGACCAGUCUCCUGGCAGCAGUCUUGUACAUGUUGGCAUUGAUUUAAGCGAAUUCUAUCUCUCCGUGGAAUGGGAUAUUUUGGAAGUUCCAGCGACGAGAAAUGAAGAAUAUUACCCUUGUUGUCCUGAACCUUUCUCUGAUAUAACCUUCAAGCUCACGAUGCGAAGAAAGACGUUGUUCUACACAGUGAACCUGAUAAUACCGUGCGUCGGACUUACGUUUCUAACAGUACUCGUGUUUUAUCUACCGUCUGAUUCUGGAGAAAAGAUAUCGCUCUGCAUCUCCAUCCUGGUGUCCCUCACUGUGUUCUUCCUUGGUCUGGCUGAGAUCAUUCCGCCAACAUCCCUGGCAAUUCCCUUGCUUGGGAAAUAUCUACUAUUCACCAUGAUACUCGUCUCGCUCAGCGUUUGGGUGACUGUUUGCAUACUUAACGUGCAUUUCAGGUCACCGUCGACUCACACAAUGUCUCCCUGGAUGAAGAAGUUGUUCCUACAGCUCAUGCCAAAGCUUCUGAUGAUGCGGAGGACCAAGUACUCUCUGCCGGAUUAUGACGACACGUUCGUGUCCAACGGGUAUACCAAUGAGUUGGAAAUGAGUCGGGAUAGCUUGACGGACGCUUUUGGUGACUCCAAAGGCGAUAACGGCGAUUACCGUAAAUCCCCUGGACCAGAAGAUGACAUGCUUUCUGCUGGAGCGCAUCAAAGGCCUUCAGUGACGGAGUCUGAGAACAUGUUGCCCCGUCACUUGUCGCCCGAGGUAGCGGCUGCAUUACAAAGCGUACGUUUCAUCGCCCAGCACAUUAAGGACGCCGAUAAAGAUAACGAGGUCGUCGAAGACUGGAAGUUCAUGUCCAUGGUAUUGGACCGUUUCUUUCUGUGGCUCUUCACCAUCGCCUGCUUCGUCGGAACCUUCGGCAUCAUCUUCCAAUCACCUUCCCUCUACGAUACAAGAGUGCCAGUCGACCAGCAAAUCUCGUCUAUUCCAAUGAAAAAGAAUAACUUUUUCUAUCCGAAAGAUAUUGAAACGAUUGGUAUUAUUAGUUAA